AUGUUUCAAAACUCAUUUUCACAGCAUUGUUUUCAUCUGACUCUGUCUGUCGUGAUGUGUGAUCGACGGCGCAGUAGUUCAGAAUUGGCAAUGUUUUUCCACUCUACUGAAUGCUCCUUCUCUUUUCUUUUAUGUGUCAAUUUUUUCCGUCAACAAAUUUCUUUGUUUUCCCAUGAACAUCGAAACAAACCUAACUGCUUUCCACGCAACAAGAUUCAGCACCUGAAGACGCGGUUCGCGGUGCAUAGUUUCAAAAAAUCUUGCAAAAACAGUGGCCGUGAGAGGCCAACGACCCCGCCUAUUAAACAACGCUCUCCUCGUCGAAAAGGCACCAAAACAUCAAUCGCGCCAUGAAUAUCGAAGUCACGCAUCCACAUGGCAUGUGGCACAUGCUUAGUUACACAAUAUACAAUAUGAAUCCUGCGCAACGACCCUGAGUGGAUAUUUCGUCGCUGAUGAGUUCUUACAUUUCUGAAGUCCCGUCUCCUCUCUCG